AGAAAUUAUAAAGUGUUAUGAGUGUAGAGAAGGUUUGGCGGAAGGAAAUCACAGAUUUUAUGUUAUAUCGAAAUAAAAUUAACUAAAAAGGUACUAAGUAAACUAGAGAUGGGGCAAAAUAUAGUACAUAAUAACGCAUUAAACUAUAGUUUGUGUUCGCAUGGGCAUGAAUGUAGUCGUGUCGACUCUUGAUAUAAUGUGAAAAGCGACAACGCCAAGUUUCAGUCACUGCUUGGCCAUCAGAGUGAACAUACAAACGAGGCCGAGAGGCGUCUAAAAUUGAAAGCUCUAAAACGAAAAUUGUGCGCGCAAAUAUUUAUAAAAAAUUUUACUAAUGCACGCAUAAAUACAUACAAAUAUAUAAUAGCUUUGGUAUUAAGAACAUCAGGUAAAAGGCAAAAGACACACAAAGUAUUAUCUGACAAAUUUAGCGUCUGUCGGUGAAAAUUAAGAAAUCCAUGGCGGUUAUAUUAUGAAUAAUAUUUAAAGCAAAACUAAAAAAGACACGUGUAACAAAGACCAUCCACAUUAAGAAACUAUGCACAAGUGAAAGAAUGAACACAGCAGCAAAACACAACCUACCAUGUGCGAAAAGUAACAAAUAGUGAAAGAUUGCUUGAUUAAAUCUGCUUCAUCAUUUCGCCGCAUCAAAAUUAACAUGUACCAGUUGAAAUAAAAGUUUUUCCUAUGGAAGGCUCUCUGGCAAAACUCAUAAAGUCGCUAAAUUCAUAGAGGAUGUAAACGGCCGCAACACACUUACACAUUUCGGAUAAGCUAAAUUAAAACAAACAAAAAAAAAUUACAUAUAAAAACUGAAAAAGUGAGAAUCGUCCCAAAACCAAAAAAUGUUAAAUAUUUAAAAAAUCUCACCUGUAACUCCAAGCCAAUGACGAGCUAAAAACUAACUGCAUUCUCGCACAGCUCAUCAUAGAAAGCCGCAAGAAAGCACGCACUUACAAAUCUAUACAAUCCAGCCAAAAACAUCGAUGUGUUGCCAGCAAUCGCCACAGCAACAACAGAGAUUACUACAACAACAAAAUCAAAGCGUACGCGGCUUAAACGCAGCUUGGAGUGAAAACAUCAAAGAUCAUACAUAUUAUCACCAAAAUCUCUCACAAACACGUGCAUUAUUCAUAAGCCGCAAUAUAGAUCUAUUCAGCUAGUAUUAGCUUAAAAAAUAGCGAGUGCUGUUAAUAACAGUAACGUAAUUUUAACUCAGCUAACGGUCCACAAACUUCCGGCAAACUAUUGCGGUUAACAGUAACAUCUAGUCGUCACUAUCAAAUUUCACGUACGCUUCCCACACCAAAGAUGGCACACAAUUAUAGAGCUCGAUAUCACAACAACGACCCCAACAACAAUGAUAAUUUUAAUGAAAAUCCAGCUGCACGCGGCGCACCGGAAUAUUUUGAAAACCUUUUUUUGAAUGGAAAUUUUGCAGCAAACGCUGAUGAGGACAUGCUGGAUGCAGCGGCGGCACUAGUAGAGCCCAACAACUUAGCCGAGAAUGCCAAUUAUGAACCGUCAUGUUGGGUCUUUGGCUAUGGUUCGCUCUGCUGGCAUCCCGGCUUCGAGUAUUCCAAAUGCAUAACGGGGUACAUCAAAGGUUUCGUGAGACGUUUUUGGCAGGGUAAUACCACGCAUCGAGGCACUGACGAGAAGCCUGGCCGCGUGGCGACACUCAUUGAAGACAAAGAGGUGAGUGGCGAGAAGAAUGGCAUCACUUGGGGUUGUGCCUACAAAAUUACCGGCGGCACGGCGUUGGAGUACCUUAAACAACGCGAAUGUAAGCUAGGCGGUUACAUUGUGCUCGAAACGAAGUUCUUCCCUCGCGUCGCUUCCUUUGAUACACCGUUUAGUGGUGAAGCAGUUCCUGUGUUGGUGUAUGUGGCUACGCCUGAUAAUUGCCAUUGGCUGGGCGAAGAUACGGCCGAAAAUAUUGCUGAACAGAUUGUUGAGUGCUGCGGACCGAGCGGGCAUAACGUCGAGUAUUUGUUACGACUGGCUGAUUUUAUUCGCGAGGAAAUACCUGACGUUGUAGAUCCACAUCUGUUCGAACUGGAGUUUCUGGUGCUGGAAAAAUUGAACAAACGCCAAAUACCUCUGUGGUCUGUGAUGGGCGUGUCGCCGGAACGUAUACGUCGCGACUCACACGAAGAAAUCAAACGACCACCAACAUUCGAAUUCACUUCUCGUAUAGCGGAACGCAAGUUGCGUUGCUUGAAUAUUUGAUUGGAUAUCAAUAGGACUGGCAUGCGCUUAAAGCGUCUAAUGGUACGCAAGGCUGGCUGUAAUAAAUUGUUUGAAACAUACAUACAUACAUGAAUUCAUGUGUUUAUAAAAUAAAUAUAAAUUCUAGCUGAGUGCGACGAUUCGAGUAGUGAGAAUUAACGUGUUAAAUUAUAAAGAGUGCUAAAGAAUACAUAUUUAUUAUUAAUAUCAAUUGGCUUUCGAUGUAUUUAUAAUGUAAUUUGUUAAUUUUUUACUUUAGAGAAUUAAAAUUUAUAAUCUUAGCAAUCGUAAGUGACAAAAGAAUCGAAACAAUUUAAUGUAAGAUAUGGCUUCCACGCACAUU